UUGCAUUUUAACUUAAAUUGAAUCGUGAUCCGCAUUGUAGGCCCAUUCUAGAGGAUUCAUCUUCGUCUCUAGCGGAAGGGUUAGCAGUCUUGAUUCUGCAUUCUGCAAGAGAAAAAGAUUUGCAUUGAGAGAAGACGUAAGGUUGACAGGUGAGGCGGUUACUUGUUCGUAUUUGCUGGGAGUACGGAACAAUUGGCUCUAAGGACUAGGAUGUCAGUGUUGAAUCAAAGUGGAGAAGAGCAGGUGGAAUGUCCCCUGUGUAUGGAACCCUUGGAAGUGGACGAUCUCCAUUUCUACCCGUGCACAUGUGGCUAUCAAAUAUGCAGGUUUUGCUGGAAUCGUAUUCGGGAGGGAGAGAACGGGCUGUGCCCCGCGUGCCGGAAGGCCUACCCGGAGAACCCGGCAGACUUCACCCCUCUCAGUCAAGAGCAAGUGGCUGCAAUAAAGACGGAGAAGAAGGCGCGCGAGCAGAAGCGUCGGAACAAGACGCUGGAGUCGCGGCGCGCGCUCGCCAACGUGCGCGUGGUGCAGAACAACCUCGUGUUCGUCGUAGGGCUGCCCGUGCGCCUCGCCGACCCAGAGAUCCUAAAACGACAAGAGUACUUUGGGAAAUAUGGCAAAAUACACAAAGUAGUUAUAAACCAAAGUACUUCAUACGCGGGGACACAGGGUCCGUCGGCUUCGGCGUACGUGACAUAUGUGACGUCGGCGGACGCCCUGCGCGCGAUACAGGGCGUGAACAACGUGACGCUGGACGGGCGCGUGCUCAAGAGCUCGCUGGGCACCACCAAGUACUGCGCCAACUUCAUGAAGAACCAGCCCUGCCCCAAGGCCGACUGCAUGUACCUGCACGAGCUAGGUGAUCCGAAGGCGUCGUUCACGAAGGAGGAGAUGCACGCCGGGCUGCACCAGGUGUACGAGCGGCGCCUGCACCAGCAGCUGCGCGACCGCCCCGACGACAAGCACGUAGCCGAUGGUAGUUCUAGUACGAAUGCAGAAAAGGGCAGUUCUAAAGAUGGUAAUCAAUCGAACUUCAUACCGACAACAGUGGUCACAUCGUCUCAAGUAAACAUAGUCAGUACAUCCAAGUCAAAGAAAGAUUCGGGCAACGGUAGCAAUAGUAAUGGUAAUGGAGCCAGUAGUAAUGGUGUCAGCAAUAGUAAUGGAAAGGAGGCGUGGCCAAGCCUCGGCUCGUCACCCCCCUCAGACAGCCCCGCCAGAAAACAGUCCAGCCCUAAACCACAGCAAACGGUUAAGUCACAAGAAAACGGCACAUCAGAAUCGUCCAGUCCAACACAGCUCCAAACACAGAGUCAAACUAAAAACAGUAAAGAAAAUCACGUCGAUAGCAAACCCAGCAAAAGUAACACUAACAACACAAAUGGACAGACAGGAAAGAAAAGCAAAUCAGAUAGCAAAUCCAAACAGAAGAAUAGCAAUAACAAUAACAAUAGCAAUAGCAACAGUAACACAAGCGAAGUCAGUGAAUCACAGACAUUUGAAAGUAAAACAGAACCACAGAGUACGAUCACACCAACACAGAAUUCAGUAUUCGAGAACGACACACAGAGCUAUUUGACCAAUGAUCUCGAUGAAUUAGAAUCAGACAGACACAGUUUGUUGGAAAACCAUGAUCUAUUAAACAAUAGCGAUCACAGUUUAUUAGAAGACGACAACACACACAAUCUAUUGAACGAUGCAAAUAACGAAAUACUGAUGAUGCAGAGGCAUAGAGAGAUGUUAGCUGGGCUUGUCGAUAACCACCUAAUGCCUCAAAUGAAGAGUCCAAUUGUAAACGGAUAUGGGUUAUUAGACAGAGAUUCCAUGUACCUAGCAAAUGACAGACAGAUUAGUCAAAUUAACCACAGCCUAAUGGAUCAGAAGGAAAUGUUGUUGAGAGAACGCAGUAGGAAUAACAUGAUACUACGACAGAACGAAAUGCUAGCCCGCCAACACAACGUCAUGGUGGAACCAAAACACUAUAACAUGCCCACCUCUAGUAUAGGACUCGACUCUGCUAGUGAAUUAUUAGGUACUAAUUAUCAUCCAAAUCACAAUAUGCUUCCACCGUUCGGUAUGAGAGUAGACAAUUCAAUGGGCACAAGCUCUUUAGGGAACACAAUGGCGAACACAAUGUCUGCAAACUCAAUGUCAAAUAUUACUUCAAAUCCCCUUUCCGCAAACACUAUGGCAAAUUCAAUGGGUUCAAACAGUUUGUCAGCAAAUUCUAUGGUAAACUCUAUGGGCAGUCCAAUGGGAAAUACUAUGGGCAACACUAUGGUGAACUCCAUGGGCAGUUCUAUGGCAAAUUCCAUGGGCAGCACAAUGGCAAAUUCAAUGGGCAGCACAAUGGCAAAUUCUAUGGGGAGUUCGAUCGCAAAUUCUAUGGGAAAUUCUAUGGGCAGUUCAAUGGGAAAUUCCAUGGGCAGUUCAAUGGGGAAUUCCAUGGGCAAUGCAAUGGGAUACCUGAUGCACAAUCAACAAAUGGCGAUGCAGAAUCAGUCACAGAUGCUCCUCAAUGGCUUCGAUACACCACAGUCUGCUAGUGAAGGUCGUUACCAGGCAGAGAAUAUGGACAAGUUCUUCACAGACUUCCACAAGGCUCAACAGAUCAGGUUGCUACUGUCACGCGGGGAGGAGCGCCGCCUGGAGCACGCGCCGCUUGCGCACAGCAUGCUCAGCGCGGAGCGACUCGAGAUGGAGCACAAACAGAGAAUGAACAAUCUGCGGGCGGCGGAGGCGGGCGGGCGCGCGGCCGGGGACGGGGACGAUGACCUGGACUUCGACCCCUUCAAGGAAACACAAAAGGCACUCGCAGAGAUGAUGGAGACGGAAGUCAUGCUGAACUCUAUCUCGAGCGGCGACAACAUGGAGCGCGUGCGCAGAGCUCGCCUGCCGCCGCCCGGCUUCGCUCACAUGAACACGUUUGGGCUCGGCGCGCCCGCUCACCAGGGUCACCAGCAAGGCUACACCAACAACAACGCAAUGUUCUCAGAUUGGACGCAGAUGGACCCGGCGAUCAUGUCCACGUCAGUCAACUUCGGCAAGAGCCAGCCGCUGCGCCAGGACCAGCAGGAGCUGUUCGCGCGGUUCAACCACAUGCAGGUACAGCCCAACGGGGUCAAGAUGCCCCCGCAGUGGCCCCAGCAGAAGAUGUCGUGGCCCCACCAACACAGCGCGGCGUACAACACGAUCCCCCUGCCCCCGGGCUUCGCCCCCGCCAAAAACCCGGCCGAGUGCAUCGACGCCAAGUAAACAGAACCACGUGCAAUCUCCACAACACAGACAUAUUCAGCGGAUAUAACUAUAUUUUCUAUUAUUGUCGUCUUUCCGUUGGUGAUGUGAUUGAAAUAAAAAAAAAUCUUUGUAUUAAGAAGAGCAUAUUUUAACGAGAGAAAUAUGGAUAACAAAGGAUUUGUAAAACGAAUUAACCUCUGUUUUAUUUUUCAAAAAAAAAAAAAAAGAAAUGAUUAUUAUUAUUAUUAUAUAUUUUCUCUUUGAUUAUUUUUUUUUAUUGUUCUCACUCUCGGCUCGGUAUCAUGUUUCUUAUAUUAUCUUUCUAUUAGUUGUUCUGGUUUUUUUUCUCUCGACUGAAGAUAUAUGUAUAUUCGUUAUAUAUUUAUAUACUUGAUUGAUAGAAUCAUAAAAAUGUUACAACAAAUUUUAUUUUUUUCUAUAUUAAAUUGAGAUGCCAAUUAAAUGGUUCGGUUUUGUACCUUAUUGAGCCACUAUCCAUUGAUGUGAUCAUUAAAUUGAAGUAUUAUUA